AAAAGGGAUUAAAGUCAAUGAGAUGUUGAAAGAGAUACGGACGGCGCUUCGCAAAUCCCUAUGAUGCAGCCUUUGCUACUGUCAAAAUAUUUUGUCACGAUUGAUGAAGUUUUAAACCGUUAAAAUGAUUGGCUGCCUUGAGCUUGACAUAUCAUAUGCUGUUGUUGCCUGGAUUUUGGAUGCAUUACGGACUAUAUAGGCAAAAUUUGUCAGCCUACUCUUCAAGUUAUCAAAGAUUAUAUUACUUUACGUCCAUACUGCAGUCUUUGGGAUCUGUACCUCGGCCAUCUCAUGCUGGAAAUUAGCGGCUGUGUGUGUGUGUGUGAAUAUUCUUGAGAUCCACCUUGAUCCUUGCCGCUCAUUUGUUCAGUUUAAUAUUCAAACACCUCCAGCUCCUUGGGCAAGAAGUUGUCUGCUAUGAUAUUUUUUCUCUAGUGUAUUAAACAAAAGAAGGUAAAAUAAACGCAUAGUUUAUGUUUUAUAUUCUCUCGCUACUAAUGAAAGUGUAUGUAUUCAUCUUUCAUAUUGUAAAAUUAGGCGUAUGAAAAGCCUCAAAUUCAUGGAAAACUUUACAUGAUGUCAACUAUUUUAUAUGCAAGAACGUAACACAUUACGUUUCAACAAUUUAGUUUGAUGAAA